AUGGACUCUGAAAUACUUCCUAGUCUCCCCAUAGGACUUGUGACUGGCAUCGUGCACAAGCGCACCCCGCCCGUGCAGCCCCGGCUUGCGCGCAGCUCUGGUCUCCCCUCUGAAGCGCAGACAGUCUCCAGCCCGCAGCCUGCAAAGCCGCGCUGCCUGGGCAUCCCCCUUGGAGCGUGCAGCGGACCUGGGACCUCGAACCCUCGGACGUGCGCGGUAGCCUCGGAACGCUUACAUAUCUGGAGCGCGGCGACUGUCCUUGAGCGCCGUGGGGCGAGCUCGCAGCCCGAGCGCCGGAGCAAGAGGAGGCGCAGGAGCAGCGGCGCCCGAGCACCCGAGGGGGUCCGAACCCCGGCCGCCGGUCAGCCCCGCGCCACAAAGGGAGCGCCCCCGCCGCCUGGCACGCCACCUCCCUCCCCAAUGUCCUCGGCCAUCGAGAGGAAGAGCCUGGACCCGUCUGAGGAGCCAGUGGAUGAGGUGCUGCAGAUCCCCCCGUCCCUGCUGACAUGCGGCGGCUGCCAGCAGAAUAUUGGGGACCGCUACUUCCUGAAGGCCAUUGACCAGUACUGGCAUGAGGACUGUCUCAGCUGUGACCUCUGUGGGUGCCGGCUGGGGGAGGUGGGGCGGCGCCUCUACUACAAGCUGGGCCGGAAGCUCUGCCGGAGAGACUAUCUCAGGCUUUUUGGCCAAGACGGUCUCUGCGCUUCUUGUGACAAACGGAUCCGUGCCUAUGAGAUGACAAUGAGGGUGAAAGACAAAGUGUAUCACCUGGAAUGUUUCAAAUGUGCCGCCUGUCAGAAGCAUUUCUGUGUGGGCGACAGGUACCUCCUCAUCAACUCCGACAUCGUAUGUGAACAGGACAUCUACGAGUGGACUAAGAUCAACGGCAUGAUAUAGGCUGGAGUCCCCCUACCCCACCCCCACCCCAGGGAGGGUAUCAUUUCCCUGAAGUCACUGUCUCCAUGGGGGACUUCACUCACAGGCACUUGGGGGACUGGAGGGUGGGAUGAGGCAUUUCUUAGGGGAUGGUAGACUCUCACUGGGCACCAAGAUGCAGCAUCCAAGGGACAUAUGGAAGGGACCAUAUGUAAAUGUGACAAAAGGAACAUCCUGUAGGGAGCACUUAUGGCCCCUCUGUAGUAACUAACAUGGCUAGCGAAAGAGAAGUGGGCGGCGUCAGGUGCUGUGGACCUUCACGUCUGCAGACAGAGACUUCUUAGCAGGUUGACCUUUGAAAAAGAAAGAUGUGCAAUUCUUUCUUUCCUGGCUUUUAUAACAGCCCUUCCUGGCUUUUAUAACAGCCCUGUCCCGGUCACUGUCCUCCACACACUGGAAGGACAGAGGAGAGUGGUCAUCCUUUUAUUCUUGGCCACCCUCCCAAGGCCUUAAGCUUUGGACCCAAGGGAAAGUGCAUGGAGACAGAUUUUAGAUGCGAAUGAAAGCUGCAACUUUUAACCAAACAAUUAUUUAAAGCAAUGCUGGUGAAUCACUGUUUUUAGACACCUUCAUUUUUGAGGUGAGGCGUUCCACAGAUUGUUUCUAUACAAAUGUAAAUCUAAAACAAAAAGUCGCUCAACUAUUUUAUUAUCUUAGAUUAUAUCAAACUAUUUGUUGUGUGUAGUUUAAAAAAAAAAACAACUCUGCAAACAAUAAAAAACAACCGACUAAAAUGCAGUGUUGUUUUUUUUGAUAAUGACUCACAAUUUGGGGUGGCAGGAAAAUGGCUUUUUAUAUUGUCACAGAGAAGUAAAUAAGCAAUUUACUUUUAGGUCAAAUAAAAACUUGCGUUUAUUGCUUGGGUUUAUACCAGGCAGGCACGUUUCUAUAUUACUAGCAAUUAUGUAACAGGUCAUCAUGUAGCUCAGAGGGAUGUAGAAUAAUUAAAUUGUUAUUGUAAAACCUGCAUUUCACUUGAGCGUUGUACAGAAUGAACGGAAGGCAAGAUCAUUGCCUUUGGGAAACCUGUAACCUAGAAAGGACACAAAAGCAUAAAACAGAUUCCCUUUGGGAGAGAAGGUAAUUACCUAGUGUGAAAUGUGGCAAAGAUGCUGAGCUUGACACUUCGAUUUUUCCAAGACGUGUGUCUCAGGGUAUUUUAUGACAAGUGGUUAAGAGGACCUUACUUUGAGGAUUUAAAGCAGGCACCUCUGAGUGUUUGCCUUGCACCCUAUUCAGGCUGCCAUGAACUGACUCAGAGCACCACCUGCUGGUCAUCACCUCAGCGCCCUAUUUCAAGAAAUGUCCCAAGGAAUGACAAGCCUUGGUGAAUAUACUGCCUCAUUAAUUCAUAAAAAUAUUGACCAGUACCAAGAAGUCUUAAUGUGUUUAAUCAUCAUGACGUCAUCAACUGACUCGCACUCUACAGUUAAUUAACUGAUAUUCCUUUAAGACCUUGGUCACUGAGAUUUGGUUUGUUUCUUCUUCCAGAAGAGAAAUAACGAGGAGUCCCUUGACCUGUAAGACGCUAAAAGUGGUUGGGGAAUUUGGCUGUUUAAGGUGGCCUACUUAAAGCAAGUCUAAUUAUAUUGCAUUCCAACUCUCUGGGAGUCAGCAGCUACCAAGGAGGGGACACUUGUUCUAAGUCACCCGUUCUCAAAUUGUGGUCUCUGAACCAGCAGUAUCAGCAUCACCUGGGAACUUAUUAAAAGUCAAGAUUUAUGGGCUCCACCCCAGACAGUGAAUCGGAAACUCCGUGAAUGGGGUUCAGCAAUCUGUGUUUUAACAAGUCCCAAGGACGAUUUUGACUCAUGCUCACUUUUGAGAAUGGCUGCUUUCACACAUUCCCCAGUUAGGAAGAACACGUGGUCUAAGUGAGUAAGAGCUUAUAUUUGACACAAAGACAAUCCCUGAGUAGUGUUUCCACAAGUCGACAAACCUUGUUUAGCCAUUGUCUCUAAACUGAAAAAUCUUAGAUAAUUUUGUCACUCAGCUAACCACUGUCACCUACCAGAUCACAAUUCAAACCAUCAUUCAUAACCAGGUUGACAUGAAUAAUAAUAAUAGAUUUUAGCUAUGCAAUUAUGAGCAGUGGUUGGUAAAAAUUUUAAAUGAUGCUUGCUUUGGAAAUGCGAAUUUUAUUCUUAAUCCCUGUGGUAACACAACACCUGCGCAAUGCAAGAAAUCAGUCGACUCCCUUGUCACCCUGCAGAAAGCAACAAUGAACACAUUCCACGUGUUAAUGGCACCAUUUUGCAGAAUUGCAAAUGCACAACCUGAGUCUCCAUGAUAAGUCACCCCAGAGCCCUAAUGCCUAACCCACAACUGAAUUUGAGAGGAAAGAUAUGUGAGGAGACUUAGCAAGGGACCAGCGCUCAGACUAUCCUGACAGCCCUUGCCUGAACCUGCAACCCACACGCCUUAGACCCGGAGUCAGGGGAACCAGAUACCCACUACCCUGGUGCAAGUCUUGAUUCAGGAGUUUGCUGAGACAUUUUGCUUCCUCUGCCUCUUUCAUGUCUCUGGCCCAAACCAGCUUCCCUUUAUUGCAGUAGAACUUCUACUUUUCAGGGAACCUUGGAAUCCUACAAAGUUAAAACAGAGCCUUGGCUAGGAACUUUAUCAUCUGAAGACUUGGGUGGAAUUGCAAUGUUAUGACUUCUUUUUCUUAACAACUUUCAGGCACUGACCAUGUGCCAGGCACUACUUGAGGUAUUUUACAAAUAUUAUCUCCUUUAAUCUACACAACAACCGUAGGUGGCAGUUUCUAUUUAUUGUCCUCUGCAUUUUACUGCCAGGGAAACAAGCAUAGAUAGGUCUUCAGCAAUAAAUGACAGAAGUAGGCUGUAACCAUGGCCCUCAUCCUGGUGCUCUGUUACCUUUCUCUUAGAAACCUGAAGCUCAAGUUUCUCAUCUGCAAAACAGAGACAAUUAAUACCUUUCUCCCUAGGUUAUUUCAAAACAUUUGAGUUCAGCCUAGCCAGAAAUAUAACCAAAACACAAGAUUAGCACCAUAAUAAAGAUAAGUAAAUAGUACUAUUAUAACACAGAUAAGGGAACAAUUAAAUCAGCCCAGGGGUGACAGUCUGGGGGUCAAGAGUAGGUGACAUUUCAAAUGACCUUGGAUCAGAAAGGAGGUUACACAGGCAGGAACAAGACUCAGAGAUCUUGGGGCCUCCCUGAUGGCACAAGAGGUUAGGUCUCAGCACUAUGAAGCUAUCUGCAGCCACUGCAACACUACUUCAAUCCCCAACCAGGGAGGUGACCCACAUGGUACAGCAGACCUCUCCUGUCUCGCCCACUUCUCCCCUAAGCAGUGUAUUUCAGUAGAUCCGUAGAUCUUCCUGUUCUGUUUCCCACUCUGUUUCUGGUGAAUCCUCUCCCCACCCCAGCUCUUGUUUGCAUAAAUAAAUCAAUCUUUGUUUAAAAAAAGACACAGAGACCUUGGCCUUGCAGAGCAAGUAGUCAGGUGAGCCCAGAGCUUCCCUGGAGAUGGUGGUAGCAGUACUGGGCACCGGCUGGAGAGUGGCUGGGGUGGGAGGUAAAAGGGUUUAAACUCUGGUUCUGUCAUUUUCUGGUGGGAUCACCUCUGAUUGUCAGUCCCCUUAUAGGAGGAUACUAUCAUGUCAGGCACAAGAUCUUGACACAGUGACCAUUGCUGAUUUGACAUUGAACCCUCUGCUCCAACCCCUCCUCUUCCAGUGUGCCGCCUCUUAUAAGCGGUUUUCAAACUCUAGUGCUCAGGAGUCUCCUGAUUAAUAAGAGAGGUUGUCAGUCUGAAGGCCCCUGGACUGUCCUACAAAUGCACAGAACCAGGAUCUCUUAGGUGGGACCCAGGGGUCUACAGGCCUGCAAGCAAUCCCCUCCUUUGCUGUUGCAGUUUGUGCAGGUUAUUUCCUGACUUGAUUAAGCUGUAAACGCUAGAGUUCCUAGAGGGCAGAGACAGUGUCACCGCUUGUCCCUAUGACCAGACCCUAGCACUUGCCUGGCACCCACUAAGCAUUUAUGUGUUAAUGAAAUAACUUCUUGACUCCCCUCGCAGCUUCCACAGCAGUUCUUGCCCAAAAUAUUUUCUUUGAUUUUCAACUCUGUUCUUUUCUUUAAAAUUUCAUUUGGUAAGGCGGCCUUGUCUCAAAUUAGCCUGUGCAUUCUUCAGCAUCGCUUACAACAAUUAGGCCAAUGUUUUCCAUAUGGGAAAGAAGGAAUAAAUAUUUAAG